AUGACAAAGGGCGAUACUGUCACACUGGUGCUGCUGGGCAGGAGAGGCUCAGGCAAGAGCUGCUGUGGAAACACUAUACUGGGCAGAAAAGGGUUCCAGUCCAUCCUCAGCAGCAAACCAGUGACCACAGAGUGUAAACAGCAGACUGAGUCCAUUCAGGGGAGACAGGUCACUGUCAUCGACACACCAGAUUUCUUCGGUGACUCUCUCCAUGAUCCGAAGCCCCACAUUGACACCUGUAGGUCUUUGGCAGAAGGUCCCUGUGUUUAUCUUCUGGUGUUACAGCUCGGUCGCUUCACAGAGGGAGAGAAGAAGAUAGUGGAGCAGACUGAACGCAUGUUUGGCCCAGACGUCACACAGCGCAUGGUAAUUCUGUUCAGUUAUGGUGACGAUCUGGAGGACAUCACCAUUCAGGACUUCCUGAAGAAUGCUCAGACAGAACUCAAAGCCCUAGUGGAGAAAUGCGGGAACAGGUACCAUGUCUUCAACAACAGGGACACCGGCAAUAACAGUCAGGUGACAGAGCUUCUGAACAUGGUGGCUGUUAUGCUGGACAGAGAUAAAGGGGGCCCAGUUACCCAGACACCACAGCUAAGUGUAAAGAGCACCAGGUAUGUGGAGAAGCUGGAGGCGCACGAUAGGAGCAACGACUCAGCAGUUCGGAGAAUCGAGAUACAAGUGAAUGAUUCUACGCAUCGUGUCAAAAGGAAGCCGGGAAUGACAGAAGGUGACAAUGGCAGCCUGGAAAAGCAGGACACUACUGCUGUCACACUGGUGCUGCUGGGCAGGAGAGGCUCAGGGAAGAGCUGCUGUGGAAACACCAUACUGGGCAGAAAAGGGUUCCAGUCCAUCCUCAGCAGCAAACCAGUGACCACAGAGUGUAAAAAACAGACUGAGUCCAUUCAGGGGAGACAGGUCACUGUCAUCGACACACCAGAUUUCUUCGAUGACUCUCUCCCUCAUCCUAAGUAUCACAUUAACAGAUGUAGUUCCUUGGCAGAAGGUCCCUGUGUUUAUCUUCUGGUGUUACAGCUCGGUCGCUUCACAGAGGGAGAGAAGAAGAUAGUGGAGCAGACUGAACGCAUGUUUGGCCCAGACGUCACACGGCGCAUGAUAAUUCUGUUCAGUUAUGGUGACGAUCUGGAGGGCAUCACCAUUCAGGACUUCCUGAAGAAUGCUCAGACAGAACUCAAAGCCCUAGUGGAGAAAUGCGGGAAGAGGUACCAUGUCUUCAACAACAGGGACACCAGCAAUAACAGGCAGGUGGCAGAGCUUCUGAACAUGGUGGAUGUUAUGCUGGGUACAGAUAAAGGGGGCCCAGUUACCCAGACACCACAGCUAAGUGUAAAGAGCACCAGGUAUGUGGAGAAGCUGGAGGCGCACGAUAGGAGCAACGACUCAGCAGUUCGGAGAAUCGAGAUACAAGUGAAUGAUUCUACGCAUCGUUUCAAAAGGAAGCUGGGAAUGACAGAAGAUGACAAUGGCAGCUUUGAAAAGCAGGAUACUAUUGCUGUCACACUGGUGCUGCUGGGCAGGAGAGGCUCAGGGAAGAGCUGCUCUGGAAACACCAUACUGGGCAGAAAAGGGUUCCAGUCCGUCCUCAGCAGCAAACCAGUGACCACAGAGUGUAAACAGCAGACUGAGUCCAUUCAGGGGAGACAGGUCACUGUCAUCGACACACCAGAUUUCUUCGAUGACUCUCUCCAUGAUCCGAAGUCCCACAUUGACACCUGUAGGUCUUUGGCAGAAGGUCCCUGUGUUUAUCUUCUGGUGUUACAGCUCGGUCGCUUCACAGAGGGAGAGAAGAAGAUAGUGGAGCAGACUGAACGCAUGUUUGGUCCAGACGUCACACGGCGCAUGAUAAUUCUGUUCAGUUAUGGUGACGAUCUGGAGGGCAUCACCAUUCAGGACUUCCUGAAGAAUGCUCAGACAGAACUCAAAGCCCUACUGAAGAAAUGUGGGAACAGGUACCAUGUUUUCAACAACAGGGACACCAGCAAUAACAGGCAGGUGACAGAGCUUCUGAACAUGAUGGCUGUUAUGCUGGGCAGAGAUAAAGGGGGCCCAGUUACCCAGACACCACAGCUAAGUGUAAAGAGCACCAGGUAUGUGGAGAAGCUGGAGGCGCAGGAUAGGAACAACGACUCAGCAGUUCGGAGAAUCGAGAUACAAGUGAAUGAUUCUACGCAUCGUGUCAAAAGGAAGCCGGGAAUGACAGAAGGUGACAAUGGCAGCCUGGAAAAGCAGGACACUAUUGCUGUCAGACUGGUGCUGCUGGGCAGGAGAGGCUCAGGGAAGAGCUGCUGUGGAAACACCAUACUGGGCAGAAAAGGGUUCCAGUCCAUCCUCAGCACCAAACCAGUGACCACAGAGUGUAAAAAACAGACUGUGUCCAUUCAGGGUAGACAGGUCACUGUCAUCGACACACCAGACUUGUUCGAUGACUCUCUCCCUCAUCCUAAGUAUCACAUUAACAGAUGUAGGUCCUUGGCAGAAGGUCCCUGUGUUUAUCUUCUGGUGUUACAGCUCGGUCGCUUCACAGAGGGAGAGAAGAAGAUAGUGGAGCAGACUGAACGCAUGUUUGGCCCAGACGUCACACGACGCAUGAUAAUUCUGUUCAGUUAUGGUGACGAUCUGGAGGGCAUCACCAUUCAGGACUUCCUGAAGAAUGCUCAGACAGAACUCAAAGCCCUACUGAAGAAAUGCGGGAACAGGUACCAUGUCUUCAACAACAGGGACACCAGCAAUAACAGGCAGGUGGCAGAGCUCCUGAAAGAAGUGUAUGAAAUGCUGCAUAGAGGUGACAAAAAGAAUGCUGGAAAGAUAGAAGCUGACAAUGAAACGGGUAACGCAAGACGAGAAGACAAUAGAGUGGUAAAAGUACAAGACAACCUGGAAGUACGGAUGAGCCACACUUCUGCAACGACAUCUCAACGUGCCUGGAGAGACAUAACAAAAGCAAAAAGCAAGUCAAUGACAAGAGGCAAAUACAGAUUACAGGACGAAGAAGAUACAACUAUGUGUGCAUGUGUUUUGUUUUAGAUAAAGUACUUAAAUUUGAUAAAUUAGAUUCAACAUGAAAAAUGUGACCCUUUUGUCAUACACUGAAAGGAUAUCUGCAGAUAGACAGUGUGUUAAGCACAUGCCAUGUGUUAAGUGGUUAAAGAUGCCAAAAGAAUGAUUCAAAAUAAAAUGUAGAUACUUAGUUACACUGUUAACUGUCAUGUGUUUAAAAAAAAUGGCCAUUAUUACUAUUACUGCACUAAGAUGGAAGUGAGUCACCUCAGUUAAGACUCAAGUGGCGUUAGUGACUGGUCAAGUUCUGUAUUUAAAUUGAGUUACUUUACUUGCUCCAG